AUUAUUAUUAAUAAAAGGAAAUUCUAAUAUGUUUACAUAAAUAUUUGUAUACAAUUUUAUGUUUAAUUCAAAGUACAUGCGUAUGGAAUUUGGAUACAGUUCUUGUUUACACCUAAUAUUGCACAAGCAUUACGGAGUAUCAUUAAAAUACAUUUUAAAUUAAAUGAAUUUAAAUUUGUUUUUUGCCAUUAAAAAUUUACCAAUAAUAAUUGUCCUUUUUAUAGGUUUUAAUGUAUUAAACAUUAAUACCGUGUUUUAGAAUUAUUUAUCAUAUGAUAAAGUUAUGUGUUGAUGGUUGCUAAUAAUUUUAAUAAACAAUGUUUAUGAAAACAUGCCUCAGUCGAUUUAUGACCAAAGCCCGUCGAAUUUAGAACAAUUUUUUACAUUUAUUAAAACAGUGAUAUGCCCUUGUCUAUAUUAUAGAAAGAAAACCGCUGAUAUUAUGUCAACAUAUGAUUGUAAUUAUUCAGCUCAUAAAAUCCAAGUAUGUAAUUGUUGUAAUUCAACGUUGAAACCAAAACAACAUUAUUCAAAUAAAAUUCAACCCAAUAAAGAGGUUUGUUGCAACAACUCAAAAUUAAAACAUUCUGAAUCACUUUCUUGCAAUAAAAGAAAAGGCAAUCAUGUAAAAGUACGGCCAAUGUCAAAUAAUAUCUAUGCAUCGCAUAACAAUACUUCUCAUGUUAAAAGACAACUAUGCCAACAAUCUUUACCUAGGAGAGAUGAAUUGUGUAAAUGUUGUCAUUCCGUAACGAAAAAAUCAUUUGAAUGUCGACCAAACCAAGUUAAGGUUUGCAAAAAAAACAUUCCUAAAAAAAAAACAUUUUUCGAUAAGAUUUUCUACGCUGAAAAAACUUGUUGUAAACGAAAUAAAAUGACUAAUGUUCAUUUAAUAAAUAGACGUCCCAUUCGAGUAAAUUGUUAAAAUUGAAUUAAAAGUUUCAUCGAUAAUCGAAACGAAAUGAAAACUUAUCAUCAUUUAUGUGAACGAGUGCUGAACUGAAUGAAAAGAAAAGUAUUGCAUACGGUGUUAGAAAAAAUAAAAAAAAUCCAAAAUCUAAAUUUGAUCGUUUUAAACUUUUUUUAUUUAGUAAUU